AUGAACUAUAUGAUUAAGAAAUAUUUGUAUAGUAUCUUUGAUUUAGACACAACAACAUCAAUAGAUACUGAAGCCUCUACAGUUGUUUCUGUUCAUUGGUCUCUUGAUGCUGUAACGCCAGAUUCAUCAAACACCUACAAUAGAAUAUUAAUGAAUAGUGCAUCGUAUUUUUCAACAGCCAACAAUCAAACUUUUGUUGCUUAUGGCCAAGAACUUCGUUUAUCAUCAUCAUCAUCAUCAAGUCAAUAUAUGAAAACACAUGGAUUGUUUUCAACAACAGUUUAUUCUGGUGAUUAUGGUAUAUUUGGUCAAUGUCCAUGUACGACAUAUUCUAAUCAAUGUUUAUAUUUUCUUGUUCGAGGAAGUCAUUUAUUUGCUGGUUUUACACACAAUGAUAUAAGUGGUUCAUAA